AUGCAACAUAUUUCAGAUUCACCAACUAGAUUGUCUCAACCGUAUAAUAAUGUUGUCUCAUUUCACUUCCACAGGAAUCUAGAGAUUCAGAGACUACACGACAUUUCCAACAGCAUAAGAAACAGCUACAUUUGGGUUGUCUUUGCCCUCGGUUUCCCAGGCAACAUUUUCAGCGUCAUUACUAUCUUAACCAUGCAGAACGUAACACCAGCAACGUUUUUCAUCUCAGUCUUGGCACUCUGUGACGGUUGUGCCCUGACAGUAAAACUCAUUGGCCACCAAUUAUUGACUCAUGAGGUUUACUUUGGACAUGUCGGCUGCAAAUUUCUGUUUUUCCCUGUGUUUCUAAGUAUGCUGGCUAACUGGAUACUGGUAAUGAUCUGCGCCGAGAGGUUCGUGUCCGUUUGCUUUCCGCUGCAGAAGUCAAUCAUUUUUACCAAGAAGAGAAGCUACGCAUGCGCGUUAGCCUUGACAUUAAUACUUCUAGUUCUUACUGGUGGCUUAUACGGGGUUAUGCGUGGUGCGGAUGAUAGUGGUCUAAACUGUGGGACGCUGGAUGAGUAUUACUCCUUCUGGAUAAAUGGAUGGUACUGGAUCAACAUGCUUGUGGUACUUUUCAUCCCUUUCGUCAGUAUUGUGGUCUUGACGGGGCUAUUCAUUCGAGGCCUAUUCCAGGCUCGGCGACAAAGGCGGAGAGUGCUUUUAAACGGAAGAGACAAACAAGAGAACAAUGUGCGACUUGUGGCUGAAGUGGAGAGAAUGGAGAGAACCAUAACAGUGAUGUUGAUUCUAGCAGCAGUGGUCUUCCUGGUCUUGUCUUUGCCUUCCUGUAUCUACAUCGUGGCAGUCCCUCGAAGUAUGGAUCCAUUAACCAGAGCUAGAUGGAAAGUUUUUGACAAGAUCCAGUACGUCCUGAUCGAUUCCACUCACGCUGUGAAUUUCUUUCUCUACUUUCUCAGUCUCAAGCGAUUUCGUAACCAGUUUUUCUACAUCCUCACGUGUAAGAGAAGGAGUAGGCGUCGUCGAAUUAGUAGGAACAACGAUACGAAUAAUUCACUAGACACGACGAAAUACACUUUGAAUAAAUCUGACGAAAAUGUAAGUCAUCUGUAA